AUGGGCUGGCAUCUUGUCGAAAGAGUCGUCGAUUCAGUUUCCGCUUACGCAACUCUCACUGGAAGGCUCUGGACUACAGUGCUCUUUCUUCUACGAAUAGUCGUCAUAACUUCAAUCGGAGAGCAUGUUUACGGCGAUGAGCAGUCGGCUUUUGACUGUAAUACCAAAGAAACCGGUUGUCCAAAUGCAUGCUACUCAGCCUUUGCACCUAUUUCACAAAUACGAUUCUGGGGUGCUCAAAUAAUUUGCGUCGCUACACCUGGUGCAUUCUUUGUUGUCUACUCAAUCCAAAGCAAAAACAAAUUAUCAAAAUGCGUGAGCCAUGCGCAUCCUGCCAAAGCUGAAGAAGAACAAUUAUCAAUUUGCAUCCUUUCUCAAGCGCAAGCUGUUGCACGACUAUUACUAGAAUGCUGCUUUUUCUAUGGUCAAAUGCUGCUUUAUGGAACAGAAGUUAACAUGCUUUAUAUUUGCGAGCAGUCGCCUUGUCCUCUUCCAACACAAUGUUGGGUUUCGCGUCCAAUGGAAAAGACGAUUUUUCUCCGAUUUAUGACGAUAAUGAACGCCUUUUCAAUUCUUCUCUCAAUGAUCGAGAUCCUGCAGCUAAUGUCUCGCCGAGCGCGCAAGAUGAUUUUAAAGCAUCGGAUCAAGAAACUCCAAAAUGCUCAAUCGUUCGAUGACCUGAGUACCUCGAGCGCAAGCUCUUCUGAAAUCCAUGAAAAAUAUGCAAUAUCGGAAAACGAGUUUAAAAAGCCUAUACGAAAUAAAUUCUACGUUUAA